AUGUCUAUUGAAUUUAACUUUAAGGGAAAAGUAGCCCUGGUCACCGGGUCGAGCUCGGGUAUAGGCGCCGCUACAGCCGUACAGUUUGCCAAAGCGGGCGCAGAUGUUGUGGUGACCGGACUGUAUGCCGACAACGACUUAUCGUCGGUAGCCAACCGGUGCCGAAGUCUGGGCGUAAAAGUGCUGGAAAUGGCCGCAGAUGUUACCCGAGAGGCAGACAUGCGAGCACUGGUAGCCAAGACUGUCGACACAUUUGGCAAAAUAGAUAUACUGGUCAAUUGUGCCGGUACUGGUAAACGGGCCGCCAUUACUGAGCCCUUAUAUAUGGAUGCCUUUCGAAAGCUAAGGCAAACAAACUUGGAUUCGUACGUAUUUAUGACCCACAUAUGUGUGGAGCACUUGGAAAAGAGCCAGGGUACUAUUGUCAAUAUAUCCAGUAUUAGAAGUACCCAAGCGGGCCCUAAGGAUUCAGUGUAUUGCAUGUCAAAGGCAGCGACCGAUAUGUUCACCAAAUGUAUGGCCGUUGAGUUGGGACCCAAACGGAUCCGGGUUAAUAGCGUUAACCCUGGUGCAAUCCCCACUAAUUUUAUGAAGGAGUUAGGGGUAGAUGUUAACAGACUAAUCGUAGGUAUGCCUAAAGUAUUGCCGGCGAGAAAGUGCGGUACACCCGAUGACAUCGCGUCAGCCGUACUCUAUUUGACAGCACCGGAGGCGGCGUUUAUAACCGGCACUAAUUUGGUGGUCGAUGGCGGGCAUACUGUCGCCGGCAUUCCCUUCAGUUAUGAUCAAAAGUAGCUGAGAGUUGCUUUUAAUUUAGACCUUAACCUUUAGAUAGUGACAAUAAUUUUAUGAAUAACCAAGAAUAAAUAAUACAUUUUGAACAGUACAUUUAUUAAAAAAUAAUUUUAAUUUUAUAAAAAUUAAAUACGGUAG